AUGGACUUUCAAUCGAUGAUGCAGCAGGCGCGAAUGGGCGGUGGCCCUGGCGCAGGAGGAGCGCCCGGCGAUGCACCACAGAACGACAAUGCAGAGAUGGUGUACAUCUCGUCGCUAGCGCUCAUCAAGAUGCUCAAGCACGGCCGAGCUGGUGUGCCCAUGGAGGUGAUGGGUCUGAUGCUGGGAUCCUUCAUCGACGACUACACCGUCUCGGUCAUCGAUGUCUUUGCCAUGCCCCAAUCAGGAACCGGAGUCUCGGUCGAGGCCGUCGACCCUGUGUUCCAGACCAAGAUGCUGGACAUGCUCAAGCAAACCGGUCGCCCCGAAAUGGUCGUUGGCUGGUAUCACUCGCAUCCCGGUUUUGGGUGCUGGUUGAGUAACGUCGACAUUAACACCCAACAGUCGUUCGAGCAGCUCAACCCGCGCGCGGUAGCCGUCGUCGUCGACCCCAUCCAGUCGGUCAAGGGCAAAGUGGUCAUCGACGCUUUCCGCCUCAUCAACCCUUCCACCGUCAUGCUCGGCCAAGAACCCCGCCAAACCACCUCCAACAUUGGCCACCUCAACAAGCCCUCCAUCCAGUCGCUCAUUCACGGCUUGAAUCGACACUACUACUCGAUCGCCAUCGGAUACCGCAAGACGGAGCUCGAACAGAGUAUGCUCAACAACCUUCACAAGCGCAACUGGACCGAAGGAUUGAGGUUGCGCGACUUUGGAGAGCACAAGGAGAACAACAGGAAGGCGAUCGAGCGCAUGCUCUCCUUGUCCGAGGCGUACAACAAGUCGGUGCAGGAGGAAAGCACCCUGACGGCGGAUCAGCUCAAGACGAGGCACGUCGGCAAGCAGGACCCCAAGCGCCAUUUGGAGGACGCAGUGGAGCAGACGAUGGGAGACCAGAUCGUGCAGAGCUUGGGGACGAUGUUGUUGGCAGAGUUGUAA